CGCGCCCCGGUCCUGCCCAUCCCCAGCUCCCCCCCCGCCUCGCCCAUCCGCGUCAAGCUCGCCGGCGGCAGCGGCGCGACCCGCUCGUCCGGCAACUCCGUCAGCGUCUCGUCCCAGUCCUCCACCGGUGGAGCUUCCGCAGCCAGCAGCCGGCGGUCCUGCAUGUGCUCCUCAACGAACCACCCGGGCUCGUUCCGGUGCAGCCUCCACAAGGAGCGUAAGCAGGCGACCCCCGCCGGCAGUAGCAAGCCUGCUUCCCCUCCGUCCAUCCGCAGUACCUGCAGUCUGGGCUCGAAGCGCAUGGACAGCGGGCAGUGUGCCCGCCGAGCCCUCGCCCCGUCCCCCGCGGCGCAGCACUCGCAGCAGCGGAGGCGCGUGGGCGGGUUCCGCCCCAGGCCGAGCCGGCUCUCCGCCACGUCCACGGCCGGCGAGCGUCCCAUCGACAAGUACCAGUAAACAAAUCAACGUCGACAUGCCAUAGCAAGAUGCAAGAUACAGUUAGAUGCUUCUGAGUUUUGACCCAAUUUGAUCCCGACCUGAUCCAUUUAGCUACCUCCUCUCUUGUGUAAUCUGUACAUAGAGUGAGCUCGUCCUGUGCUCUCCGUGGUGUAAAACGAACGCCCUUGGUGUACGAUAUAACUACAUGAGCGGGUUAUAAAUUGAGACACAUGGUUGAUGCA